AUGUUAUUUGCGCGUGGUUUGCGCUGCACAAUUCCCACACGAACUGCGGUAAAAGCUCUUGAAUUCACGACGAAAGUUUGAUAAUUUUUUUCGUUUUCUUUUUUUAAAAAUCAUUUUCUUUUUUUUCGUAGAUACUUCGACAUCUGUAGAGAAAGACGUUUUUCAAUCUGGAGAGUAGACAAAUUAGAAAUUAUGGACCUUGAAAUUAUCACUUUUUUUUCGUAAUUCUUGAUAUUGAUUCAUGUUUCAUCUUCUGAUAAAAAUAAAUAAAUUUUAUUUGUUUGUGCUUCUCGAUUAUUUCCUGGAUUUUAUAUUUUUUUUGUAUUUUAUGUAUUUAUCUUUAAACAACCUAUAAAGAUUGAAAAAGAUAAACUUUUUCGAAAAUCAUAUUUUUACGCGAUUUAACUUCAGGAACUUUUUUUCUUUUCUCCCCGUUGUUUCUUUUUUUGGAAUAAGCAAUAAGCUGUUCUUUUGUUCAAAUUUUUGUCAAAUGCGUUUGACAAACAACGUUUUUACCCUUCCGCACUGAAAUUUCUUUCUUUUUCAAUUGGCGCCUAGGGUGCAUCAAAUACGCUCCAUCGGCCUCUUUAUUUUUCCCCUAUUUUUGUGUGAAAAUUUUUUUCACAGUUUUUUAUUAGUCAGAUCCUAUUUCAUAGUCCUUUUUGUGAUUCUCAAAAAAACGCAUACUGGCCAAUAAACUAUAAUCUUUUCUCAAGUUCUAAAAAAGGCUCCUCGAAAACAUUCAAGCACCUCUAGAAAGUUGUUUGAUAUAAACUUGCAGAUUUCCGUUAUAAUGCCGGGUAAAGGUGGAAAAGGCGGUGGCAAAUUAACAUACAAUCAGAAGGUAAUCACACUUGAAAUGCUCCAUUUUGUAAUUCAAUGGUUCAGGCUGGAAUUUCGUUCGUCGAACAGGAUGAGCCAGAUUUCAUCAAAGAAAUGAAAGCCAAGUUGGGAUACAGGGAGCCGGCAAAACUUGAGGAUAAGGUUUAUAACGAUUAGCAUUUUUUGUAGCAUUUUUUGAAAAAUAAAAUUUUCAGUUCGAAGAAGAAGCUGGUCCAGGCGAUAUCGAUGAUGAUGAGACAGAAUUGAUGCGGUUGAAGGAAGAGGAUCGGCCUCAGGUUGAUUUUUUUUUAUUCUUAUUUACUAUUUCUGAGAAAAAAAGCGUUAUUAUUGGUAGUUUAUUCCACUAUAAAAAUAUCAAAAAAAAUUUUUUGGUUAAAAAAAUAUUCCCAUUUUGCAUCUAUUACUGACCACGAAUGUCCUUCUAAAAUCUAAGAAUAUUCAAAAUAAACCUAACUCAUAUUUGUGACCGCCCAACCUAAUGGAAUGACUUCUUACAUUUUAAAAAUAACGAAUCCGGCAAUUUUUUUCCCAUUUGAAUGAUUUUUUUCAGGUGGUCGUUCUGGACGAGUCAACGGAUCUUUCGAAGGAGGAACUCCACAAAGAGUUGGCUGCGAAGAAGAAAGAAGAAGACGGUUUUUCAUUACGGGAAUUACUUUUUGAUUUUCCCUUAAUUCUAAGAGAGUUCCCUGAAAGAUGAUUGAAAUUAAAAAUCAUCUUUCUUAGAGAUUUAAUUGUUCAAAAAGAAGUUGUGUCGCUCCAAAAAAAUUUAAAAAAACUUUAUACUAAAUCUGAUUCAAGUCAUUUCUGAAGAAAAAAAGUUUUCAGGUGAAAUAGUAGAACCGAUUUCUAAAAAUUUUUCAAUUAGAUCCGCUGGAUAUUUUCAAUUUCUAGAAAUUAUUCCAAAAAAAGAAAGUUUUUUUCAUUUGUUUUCAAACUCAUGCACAUCAUAUUUUGUUAAUUUUUAUAGCUUUUUUCGUUCAUUUCCGCAUUAACUAUCUUCAUUCUUUUCUCUAAAAUUUUAUUCAAAGAUUUUUCGUAGCUAACUUUUUUUAUUCAGAUAAACUGAUAUCGGAGGGAAAGAUCAAGUUCAAAAAGCCUGUGAAACGAAACGCCGAAGGGAAUCCGGAGCCUGAAGACGAGAAGGAAAAAAAGAAGCGGAAAGAAGAAAAUAAAGACAAGAAAGUCGAAAGAAGCCUGCUUUCCUUCGGCGACGACGAAGAAGACGAGUAA